CUCUCAGGCGCCCGCGGUUUUACCUCAGGGGAAAGCGGGAUGGCGGAGAGCGAGCUGCGCUCUGAGGAGAGUGAGGAGGAGGAGGAGCUGCCUACCUUAGCCUCCCUACUGCAGCCAGCGCCGCUGCCACCUCCCGGUGGGUUGAGCUACCGGCCGUCCUCAUCUCCCGAGCCGGGGAGGGCGGCAGGAGUGGUUGUGGUGGUGAGCAGUGGGAGCGAGGAUGAGGAUGUGGUGGAAGUCGCCCCUCUGCCAGAAAGGAUCAAGAGGAGGGUGGGAGCAAAGAGGGAGGUGACUUUUGAGCCCCCCGAGACGGGCGGUGGGGAUGCAGCCAGGGGACCUGGCCUUGCUAGCGGUGAGCGGUUGGCACCUGUAAGCGGAGGGCCGCAGGAAACCCUGGUGUUAUCUGGAGAAGUGUCCUGUGGCAGCCAAAACGGCACACGCAGUGCUGAGGGGGCUUCCUUGUGCCCGCUGCCAGCCUCUCGGACUGACUCUGCACAUCAGCCUGGUAGGCCCCUGGUUAGCGGAGCAAGCCCAGAAACAUCCCCUCCUCCCAAAAAAUCAAAAUAUAGUCAGAAGGAAAGGGAGGCAAUCUGCCAGGCUGUGUGGCAGAAGAGGAAGGAGCGAGAAGCACGGAGAAGGCAGCAGGAGCAGGAAAAAGAGAAGAAGAGGGCCCUUGCCAAGAUACUGAAAGCUCAGCGACCAGGGGAGUGCCAGAAAUACAUAACAGUGGUGCUAGAUCCAGUUCUCUUGCAGGUAGAAGGUGGUGGACAGAUCCAUAGUGCUUUGCAGGCUGCCAAUUAUUCCUGUGUGGUUGAGAAUCAGGCUGUUCCCUGCAGCAUCACUUGGAGGAGAAAGACUGUGUCAUCUCAGAUAGAAGAAGGUGAUGAAUGGGCAGAAGAACCAAAUGUCCUGGUUCUGCUUCGCUUCGAGGAGUUUUUGGCCAUGGUUCACCACUACAAACAAGAGGCUGAGGGCUUUUCAGAAGGACAGAAAGAGACCCUACAGAGCUAUGUAGCUCAUGUGAUGGAAAAAAUGCCUGGGAAAAUUCUGGCACUGGCAGUUGUUGAAGUAGAAAAUUAUUUCAGAAUUCAGUCAAAAAAGAGACUACAACUGGCAGCAGCAAGCGGAAACCAAGAAGAGAAACAGGGAAAACAGAGAAAAAAGACAGUUAAGGAUUCUGGCAUGGAGAUAACCAGACUGGAUGUGGAAAAUGCCUUGGUGGAUCUGCAGCUGUGCAAACAAGUCCAAGUCAGCUUUUUCAAGAGCUGGGAGGAGCUUGGAGAAUUUGCCACUAUGUUCACAAAAGCUGUGGCUGAAGCACCAUUCAAGCGAGAGCGAGAGAAGACGGGGUUCUCUUUCUACUUAGAGAAGGGGUGGUGUGGAGGGGUGAAGGUGGAUCAUUCUGGAAAGGGUCUCUUGGAAGUUUGGAAGAGACAGAUUCAACAGUUUAACCGGGUCAGCCUCGAGAUGGCUGAGGCUGUUGUGUCUGCAUACCCUUCUCCUCAACUUCUGACCCAGGCCUAUAGCAGAUGCUCCUCGGAGCAGGAGCGGGAAAACAUGCUGGCUAAUAUCCCUGUGCGCCGCGGUGACGGUGUGACAGCCACCUCCCGGUGGGUCGGGCCAGAACUCUCCCGACGGAUCUACCUGCAGAUGACUUCCCACGAUCCUGAUCUCUAUUUGGAUUUCACUGGGUAACCCCAGGGAAUGAGGAUCUUUCUCUGCCUGUUAAAGUAUUUAUUCAGUUUCCUUUGGGAAGAAGCGCCUAGACAACAGUCAUUGAUCCUCGUUUAAAGGCUUGAAACACAUUCAGACUUCAUUGUAGCAGAAGGCUGGAUAAAAUCACUGAAUGGCUGGAGUUUACACAAGAAAGAUGAUGAACAUAUUCCAUUAAGAGCAUGAGCUGGAGAUGGAUUAUGGUACUGAUACUUACUUUUAUUUGUCUUCCUAGAAAAUAAAUAAUUUUGAAUAAUAAUAAUCUUUGCUUCUUAACAUGCCAUCUUGAGUAGAGGCAGGUAUGUCAUCUGUUGAAAGGAAUACUUUCUGCUAUCCUAAACCGCAGAUAGUUAUCUUCUCUAUCCAGUGUGAAAAUUCCUAAUGCUAAAAGCAACAUGGUGCUGCCCCCCCCACCUGCUCUAGUGAGGUGGAAGAACUUUACCUCACUAAAUAGACUCUCAGUUUUCCACUGUGGCAGAUGGGAAUGAGUAAGACUAAUUUUCAGAUAUAAAUUUAGACUGCCCUGAUUCAGUCUCCAGACAGCUUAACCUACAGAGGGUCUUGAAAUCUGAUUAUAUACACUGGAAUUACGAGGUCUGAACAGUUGGCAGAAAACGCUUUCUUUGAAUUAGGCUGAGGAACAUGCUCACCUGUCCACGAAGCCAUCAGUACUUGUGUGCACACAAGGACAGUCGAGGUCUUUUGUGACAGCACUUACUGAGAUGAGUGUUGAGAAUGAAUGGAACUGCACCUGAUGGGCAGAAGUUACCCUUUGGAACGUGCUGCCUUGAAUGACAAAACACCCCCUGCUAUGCCAGGAGGUAGGACACGCUGCGCAGGAGCCCUUGCUGGCCAUUGGCACGCUUCUAAUCACAACUGAUCAAACUUUA